CCUUUUUGUUGCAAAUUGAAAGGAAGCUCAAGCCUCAAUUCUCGCGGCUUUUUGGGAAUUAUUCACAUGUCUACUCCGCGAACUGAUCCACUUGUUCAUUUGGAAACAACCUGUAGAACCCUUCUAGCCGAACUUCAGAUCAUCUGGGAUGAAAUCGGGGAGACAGAUGCUGACAGAGAUGAAAUGCUGCUUGAACUUGAACGAGAGUGCAUGGAAGUAUACAGAAGGAAGGUAGAUCAGGCAAAUCUCUCCAAAGCUCAUAUAAAAAAGACAAUUGCUGAUUAUGAAGCCGAACUUGCUGCCAUCUGUUCAGCAAUGGGGGAGAGGCCAGUGCAUAUUAGGCAGUCAGAUCUAAAAGUUGGAAGCUUGAAGGAAGAGCUAGAGAAAAUUCUUCCGCAGGUUGAGGAGAUGAAGAAAAUGAAGAUAGAAAGAAUAAAUCGUUUCAUAGACGUCCUGGACCAAAUACAAAUUAUCAGAAAUGAGAUAAGUGAAUCCAGAGAAUCAAUUUCCUCGGAAACACUUAUAGAUGAAACUGACUUGUCCUUGAUGAAGCUAGAAGAUUUGCACAGAGAGCUCCAUGAACUUCAGAAAGAGAAGAGUAAUCGUCUGAAGCAGGUUCAGGACCACCUUAACAUGUUGAACUCACUUUGCUCAGUGAUGGGUAUGGAUUUCAAGCUCACAGUUGCUGAGGUCCAUCCUAGUUUAGGUGACUCUGAAGAAUCGAGGAGUAUUAACAAUAAUACCAUUGAGCAGUUAUGUGUAACUAUAAAUAAGUUGCGGGAAGUUAAGAUACAGAGGAUGGACAGGCUACAGGAUCUUGCAACUACUAUGUUGGAAUUGUGGAAUCUGAUGGAUACACCGAUUGAGGAGCAACAGAAAUUUCAGGAUGUUACAUGUAAUGUAGCUGCUUCAGAGGAUGAAAUUACUGAACCCAACAGUCUCUCUGAGGAUUUUAUCAACCAUGUUGAGGCAGAAGUUUCUCGGUUGGAAGAGUUAAAGUCGAGCAAAAUGAAGGAGCUUGUCCUCAAGAAGCGAUCAGAGUUAAGGAAGAUCUGUAGGAAGACGCACCUGGUUCCAGACACUGAAUUAGAAGAUGUCGUUGAAGCAAUCGAGUCUGGAGUUGUUGAUGCUGCGACCAUCCUAGAACAAAUUGAACUUCAUAUUGCAAAGGUUAAAGAGGAUGCUUUUAGCAGAAAAGAAAUACUUGAAAAGAUUGAGAAAUGGUUGGCCGCAUGUGAUGAGGAGUGUUGGCUUGAGGAAUAUAACAGGGAUGAAAACCGAUACAAUUUGGGAAAAGGAACUCAUCUUGCACUCAAGCGUGCUGAGAAAGCUCGUGCCUUGGUUAAUAAACUUCCAGGAAUGACCGAGACAUUGAUUUCAAAGACAAUGGCUUGGGAAGAGGAGAGAGAGACUGAAUUUUUGUAUGAUGGUAUUCCUCUUCUUUCUAUGCUCGAAGAUUACUCUGCUUUACGAGAGGAGAAAGAGCAAGAAAGGCGUAGGUUACGGGACCAGAAGAGAAUCCAAGAGCAGAUAAUAGCGGAGCAAGAGGUACUGUAUGGUUCAAAAGUAUGCCCACCAAAGCAGCAGACCGCAAAAAAGUAUUCCAAGCAGUCUAGCAUUAGAAGAACCGCCUCGGGAGGAUCAAUGGUUAGACCCGAUUCAGUUCAUACCCCAAGGACUCCCCAAAUACGUUCUAGUAAGAAAACCGACCUUCCGUUUCAAAAUGAUCGUUCAAAUCAUCAGCGGGAUGAUGCCAUUCUGGCUUCCCCAGCUUGUAAGUUCUCCAUUUAUGCUUGUUACAAUCAAGAACUUCUCAAUUAG